AUGUUAUUGAUAUUCUAAAAAGCAAAUGUAUUGUUAUUCUUCAUAAGAGUAGAUAGAACAAUAGAACAAAACUAUUCUAAACAAAUCUAAAUAAUGUAAAAACAAGAGUAUAAUUACUAUUCUUGUAAAGAAAAUCAACAUAUGAACCUAUUAAAAAUUAAGGGAUGAAAUGAUAGACUAAGUUAGUUUUAAUCAUUUAAGAAUUGAAUUGAAUUGUAGUAAGUCUAAGAAUUAGAAAAAAAUUUAUGUUAACAUUCAGAAUUAUAACAACUUUUGAUUUACAAUAAAGAAGCAAAUUUAUUAUCAAAUUUAAUGAAUUAGAUUGAUUGGCCAGAUUAAUUAAGUAUUUCAAUAAAACAAUAUCAGUAAAAACUUAAUUAAUUGACCAAUAAUAAUAAGGAUGUAUUAUUAAAAAUAUAUUUUAAUUAUAGUAGAGAAUGUUAUACUCAUUAGAUAAACUUAACAUAAUUAUAUAUUAGUUAAUAAAUUGAAGAGUAUGAGUUAAAUUUGGCAAGAUAAAGAAUUUCAAAUUAUCAAAAUGAAUUAAAUUUGUUAAAAUAAUGA